AUGGGCAAGGCGGCAGACAUGGGUGCCAUCCACUACAGGAUGCUGAAUGGCAGCAGGGGCCACGCCGUUAGGGGCCCCCGCACCCAGCAAGAUAGGCAGUUAUACAAGCUCGCCGUGCAGGAAAUCCUUAACGAUUAUAACAACUUAACUAUAAUAGAGGAUGAAGUUGAGGAUUUGUCACUUCGCACUGACGACACUGGCGUUAGGGUUGACGGAGUAAAAUUGAGAACUGGUACAAUGAAUGUGGACGCAGUGGUACUAUCUACUGGUACAUUUUUGGGAGGCCGCUGUCUUAUAGGCAAAGAAAGAUUUUUUGGUGGACGAUUAUGCCGUUUGACAGGAGAAUUUGAGAAACCUGCGAACCAGCUAUCAGACACGCUUAAAAGGUUAAAUUUACCAAUAUCACGAUUCAAAACAGGCACUCCUCCUAGACUUUAUCGCAAUAGCAUCGAUUUUUCCAAGCUACAGGCCCAAGAAUCUGAUAUUCCGUUUGCUUUUUCCUACAUCAAUACGCAGCCAAAGGUAUUAGGCGAUAAGAAUUUGAUAUUGUGUCAUCUUGUUAGGACCAACGAACAAGUUAAGGAGAUAGUACUUAAGAAUUUGGAUAAAUUGCCUGAGUAUCAUGGUGGUGGUUUGGGCAAUGGCCCCAGAUAUUGUCCGUCAAUUGCCAGUAAGUUUGUUCGGUUCCCCAAUGCUAAUGAUCACAUAAUUUGGCUUGAGCCUGAAGGUUUGGAUUCGGAUAUUAUUUAUCCAAAUGGUAUUUCUGGCGCAUUUCCCCCUGAAAUACAAGAGAAAAUAAUGCACAGUAUGCCAGGUUUAGCAAAUGUUAAAGUGAAAUCAUAUGCAUAUGAUGUGGAGUACGACUAUAUAAAUCCAAGAUGUUUGAGGCAUUCAUUGGAAUGUAUUGAUGUCAAGGGAUUGUAUCUAGCUGGUCAAAUUAUCGGCACAACAGGUUAUGAAGAGGCGGCGGCCCUGGGCCUAAUUGCCGGAACGAAUGCAGCCCUUAAUAACGGUCCACCGUUUGUUAUUGAACGCACUAUGGGUUACAUUGGAGUGCUGGUUGAUGAUUUAGUGCGUAAAGGGGUUAGCGAGCCAUAUCGCAUGUUUACCAGCAGGGCUGAAUACAGAUUGUCGUUGAGGUAUGACAACGCCGAUCUGAGGCUUACUCCAUUGGGGAUCCAAAUUGGCUUGGUAAGAGACAGAGAGAGGAUUGAUAUGAUAAAGGAGAAGUCUGCUAGAUCUCAAGCUUGUCUUGAUAGGCUCAAUAGUUUCAAAAUUGGCGGAGAUAAGGCGAUAGAUAGCAUUGUUUCUGGUCACGAAUCAUUGCAAACAGCUGAGAAUAAAAUUUUUGCCUCGAUGUGUGACGGUUUUGAACUCAAUAACACAAUAGUUGAAAGUGAUAUUGACAUACAACCAAACUACGAUAUGUUAUUUACAACACUAGAUGAAUAUAGGAAGGAAAUCGGCAAAUAUAUUAAUACCAAAGUACCGCCGUGGUGUUGUGGUGUAGUAGAAUCCACCAUACGCUACUCGCCAUAUAUACAACGUGAUUACCAUGCCAAAAAUAGACUCAAAAGGGUGGAGGAGUACCUUAUUCCCCCUGAAAUUUCUUACACCGACAAACAGUUCAACUUCCUCUCUGCAGAAGAGAUUGAGAUACUGCAACGUCAUAAACCGAGGUGUUUAAAGGAUAUGCUGGAGAUUCAGGGAAUUACUCCAGCGAGCGUUACAAUGAUAGCCUCACUGAUAUUUAAGUAG